UGCCGUCAAGGUGCAGCAGCUGCCCCGCAACAGCCGAGUGAAUGUAAACCAAGAGAAGCGGGUGGUCUGUGGCCAGGGGGAGAAAUAUAUGGAAAUAAAUAAAUAAUUAUGUAAUGCAUCCCACUCAGGAGUCUUGUACAAAGAGGGACAUGCUUAAAAUGAAACUGAUAGAUACCCAAGAGGCUGAGUUGGAGGCAGGGACCACAGCUCACCACCACCCCCCGGCUAGCUGCCGAGCCUCAUGACUUGAGAAAGUGGUCCAAACAAAGUCCAAAAAAGUUUGACACGCUGUCCCGGCCAAAGCAACUGUUGUUGGUUCAUGUCGUCGUCUGACCUGUCAAACAUGGAGGAAGUCAUGGCUUCUCAGGGAAGGUCUGCUGAAGUCAAGGCCAAGGAUGUAAACGAUGAUGUCUCAGAAACAAACCUGCCUGACGGUAAAGAGGAACUCUCUUGUGGGGCAGAAAAGCAUGAUGACACAAAAGACGGCGCACUCUCAGAGAACACACAAGAUGACACAUCGUCUCAGACGUCGAUGGACUGUGGGUCUGCCGGUGGGCUGGAUGAAUCUUUCAUUUCGGGCAGCAGCAGAAGUAACACAGGUCAAACGCACUGUUCUAAUCUGCAGAAAUCCAAGAGGUCCGGUUCACCCGGUCCUCACCCUGUUAAAACCUGUGUUGCUUCACAUUCUCCAAAUCCAAAACUCACCCUCUGUCUUAGCUAUAGUCCCAGGAAGGGUGUAAGCACACCCAGUGAUGUGGAGAUGCUGAGCCCAGACAGCCCCAUGUCUAAAACCAUGCUCGUCAACCACUCUGCAGACAAGGAUCAUGAUGGCAGUGCUUGUGUAGAGGAGGCUGGCUAUGCAGAGGCUCAGGUAAUGGGAUCUCAGCAGUUUGUCAGAGGCUCUGAUUCUGGAGGUUCAGCCAAAGACAGGGUCCAUCCUGUUGCCACGGGAACGGAGGAUGCUGAAACAGCAGCGUGCAGUGGCUCAUCUGACAUGAGCCAGGACUUAAUUGGAAGCCAGUCAGAUGCACUUUUUGAAAGCGUUUCAAUUGCUCUACAUAACAUGGACAGAAGAUGGCUGGGGACACCCAUAGAUGAGCUGAACAGAAUGCCUCAGUGUGCCCCCCCCUUGUCUCACCUGAAAGUUGUGCCUAACCACACUGUCGUAGUCAGGACAGAUCUCCUCAGAGAGGGAGAAGUCCCUGUCCCAUACCCCACCAAGUUCAAAGAUGCAUGGGACGAUGUGUCUGUGAAGAUGCCCUGCUCUGAGAAGAAUCUGUUUCCUAUGGAGACUGAGGAUGGAGGUGGUGUCCAAAGUCGAUGGGAACUGAUCCACACUGCCUUGCAGGGAGGCUUCAAAAGCUCUCUGGAUGUGAGGGAUGCAAUAUUGAGAUACAACACAGCCCAUGCAAAGAAAUGGGACUUCACUGCCCUGAACCUUCUUUGCACAGAGUGUCUUGAACAUUGCGAGGCACAACACUUGUUUGAGGUCAUACUACCAGCUAUGGUUGACCUAGCACUCAGUGCUCCUCGCCUUUGCACCAUGCCAAUUCCCCUACUAAAGUCAAGGAUAAACCACUCCCUGACUCUGUCUCAGGAGCAAAUAGCCUGUCUUCUGGCCAACGCCUUCUUCUGCACAUUUCCCCGACGCAAUUCCCGCAAGUCAGAGUACUGCAAUUAUCCUGAGAUCAACUUCUACAGGUUAUUUGAAGGUUCUUCAUCAAGAAAAAUCGAGAAGUUGAAAACUCUGUUGUGUUACUUCAGGAGAGUUACCCAGACCAGACCCAAGGGUCUUGUUACAUUCACAAGACAAACACUGAACAAUCCUCCAAACUGGGAAAGUUCUCAGACUCAGCUGAAACGCCUACAUAUCACUUGUGAAGGGACCAUUGAGGAUGAAGGAUACGGGAUGCUGCAGGUGGACUUUGCAAACAGGUUUGUAGGCGGAGGAGUAACUGGACAUGGACUGGUGCAGGAAGAGAUCAGGUUCGUCAUCAACCCUGAACUCAUUGUCUCUCGCCUCUUUACUGAAGCUAUGGAGUACAAUGAAUGCCUCAUCAUCACAGGUACUGAACAGUACAGUAAAUAUUCUGGCUAUGCUGAGAGUUACAAAUGGAAAGAGAGCCACAAGGAUGAGACUCCCAGGGAUGACUGGCAGAGACGAUGUACAGAGAUUGUGGCCAUUGAUGCUCUUAAAUUCAGGCACUUCCUAGAGCAGUUUCUCCCUGAGAAGAUAGUCAGAGAACUCAACAAGGCGUACUGCGGAUUCUUCCGAAGUAACACCAACAGCAAGCACCUCUCUGCAAUAGCCACAGGCAACUGGGGAUGCGGAGCUUUUGGUGGAGACACACGGCUCAAAGCGCUGAUUCAGUUGAUGGCUGCAGCAGAGGCUGGCAGAGACAUGGCGUACUUCACAUUUGGAGAUGCUCAGCUCAUGAGAGAUGUUCACGAAAUACACACUUUCCUCACAGAGAGACAAGUCACUGUCGGGAGGCUGUACAGCCUUUUAAACCAGUACUCCAAUUUGGUGUGCAAGAAUUGCCGCACGACUCGACCUGACGUCAGUCUCUACAGUUUCAUCUACGAGAGAGUCUCUUCCCACUCGACCACCGACGCCCCGGACUCUGCCAAGGAUUCUGGGAUGUCCCCCGUAACAUCAGACUCUCACUAACUCGCGGAGAGCUGCAACGUAACGUCCCUCCCCCCUGUCUCUACGUGUAAAAGAGACUCAAGGUUCAGAAACCUCAGUGUGCUGUCAGCACUUGUGCUUACAAUCACUUUUUUCUCUGUCUCUCUUUAAAACACACAAACACACACGCUCCCUUUAAGUUUGUGACCCAACACGCAAACUACCAAAACACAGUUUUGCCUUUCUCAUUGGUGGUAUUAUAGGAGCCUUGUAGUAUGUCACCAAAUGUGGUGAAAUGUUUCAGAGACUUAUAGCAAUAGUAAAUCCUGGUUGCUGUUAGGCCUUUCUUUAGUCUAAAUGUGGUGUGGAGUUCUUCUGUUUUUACAUUACAAAUAUGGCCAAAUAUUCAUCAUAUGCAUGGUUUUGGGCACUUUCCAUUAUUGAUAAUCCAGGACAUGAUAUUCCAUCCUACUUAUCUUGUCUUAUAUUGUGUUUGCUACUUUUUUGGAAGAGUUCUCUUCUCUAUUUACCAUACCCAGGCUGUGGUGAGGUUGCUGAAUGCAGAGAGGAUGAGAUGCCAUACUGUAGUCUAUGCAUGGGUAACAUAUUAUUUAUCAAAUAUUCUACAAAUAUAUGCUGCUCUUUUAUAUCCUCUAGGAUGUCGAUGCUCAACACAACUUAUUUUAAUAUGAGUUCAAACAAUCAAUAAAAUGAUCACUGGUAUAUGAGAGUCAUCUCAGAUGAAAACAGACAUGAGGAAUUAAUGGUCAUUUUCAUCAUAUACCACUGAUUGAGUAAUUUAAUCAUCUUCAGAUAUAUUCAGUGUUAGGCACAGUAUUGCUACUGUAUAUACAAAUUAAGGGGGAGCAGAUAAAGAAUGAAUUGCACGCAAAAUAUAAUUUUUGUUAAUGUUUUUACUCAACAUUUACUUUAGGGAUGUCUUUCUGUUUUUUUUUUAUUAUUUCCUGUAUUUUCUGAUUGGCGGUGUGGGUUCUAUUUAAUAAUGGGUUCAUAGAUAGAUUCAAGACUGUAAAUGUAUUGCAUAGUACUGUACUUUAGGUUUUUGAGUUGUACUCUUUUUAUUAUUAUUUCUUAAUUAAAGUAUAUCCUGUUAAAAUGGUA